AUGAAGGCUUAUUAUUUUCCACAUUUUGUUCAUCCUGAAACUUGUUCUAAGCACCUAUACAUUACAACACCCCAGAAGAUGAAAGCACUGAGCGGAUCCUGUCUGCACAUCCCAUGUAACUUUAGUGUUCACCCAGAGGAGGAAUUAAACAGCAGAAGAGCAACCAUCGGAGUCUGGAUUAAAGAGGACUCCAGGUUUGCAAGAUAUCCAAAGAAUUUGAUUUUCAACAGUAGUUGGACACAUAACAGCUAUCCAAUGAGUAUUACCGGAAACCUGAGACAGAACAACUGCACCACUCUGUUUUCCAGUUUAAUCUCAGAUUACACAAACACAUACUUCUUCAGAAUUGAGAACUCACCAUUUCUGGCAACAGCUUCUUGUGAUCCUCUUCACGUAACAGUUCAAGAUUCUCCUCCGAGCCCCACAAUUGAGAUCUCAGGUGAUGUGAAGGAGAACGUGUCUGUCACUAUAAACUGCUCCGCUGCAACUCCCUGUCCACACGACCCUCCUCAACUCACCUGGACUCUCCAACAAAACCCCGACAACAUAAUAAAGGAAAACGCAGAUCGGACCUUCACAACUAAAAUCCAGAAGACCAUCAUUUUGUCAGACCAACAUGAUGGAUUGAACAUCACCUGCUCUGCCAGUUAUCCUGUGAAUGAAGGGACAGAUCACAAGACAGCAGAGGAGACAAAGACUCUCAAUGUUUCAUAUGCUCCCAAGAACACCUCAACGUCCAUCAGUCCAUCCUCAGGUUGGGCAACAGACAGCAGGGUGAACCUGAGCUGCUCCAGCACAGCCAACCCUCCCGUCAGCAGCUUCACCUGGUUCAAGAAGAGCAACGAUGGAGCCGUCAGAGUGUCUGAAGGAAGAUGUUACAGCUUCAAUGUGACAGGUGGAGGGGUUUAUUACUGUGUGGCCACAAAUGGUCUCGGUAAUCAAACCUCUUCAGACAUCCAGCUCACUGUAGAAGAGGCAGAACAGCCUGAUAGCGCUCCACCAUGGGGAGCACUUGUUGGCGGGAUCAUUGGGAUCAUCUCACUCAUCUGUGUGGUUGUUGCUAUUUGGGAAGUAUCUCAAAUCAACUUCACAUCCAGAUCUUAAUAUCUUUUAUUACACAGAAACAUGACGCUGACCCCUCUUAUGUCUUCCAGGUGGUUAAAGUCAAAACAUCCAACUUCACAACAGACACAGUGGGAGCAGAUUGAGGGAAGAAACGAGACAGAAAUACAUUUUGCGCAGAGGCUAACAGCUGAAGAGCUAGCUGUUCAAGAAUCAGCAACAGAAACAGAAGAAGACAUCCAUUACGGAGAGAUCGACUUCUCCAAGCGGAGACCUGAACAGCCCUCAGAGCAGGACGGUGCACAGCAGCAGGAAUCUCUGUACGCACAGGUCAAAG